GGGGGGGGGGGACUUUGCUAAGCUAAUGAAGGGAGAAAGUUCAAAUCAACCCAAAAGGUUUCAGUUUCCCUUCAUUUACCUUUUGAUCCAUACCUUUAAUAUCAUCUCAUAUUUUCCCCUCCCGCGAACAACUACCCAGCUUGGCUUUGACAGCUGCCCAUGUAGACAAACAUCAUAUCCAAGUUUAUCGCAAAACUAUCAAAUUGGUUAAUAUAUACCCUCUACAACAAUAUGAAACAUGCCCCUGAACAAUUGAAAAUGUCAAAAUAUAUCCCUAAACACUUGAAAAGGUCCAAAUAUCUCUAUGCGGCUAACGGGGGCAUAUUUGAGAUAAAAGAUAACAUUGGGUUUCCUAUGAGCCGAAAGUAAAUGGAGAGCAUGUAUAGAACAAAUCACAAAAAUUAGGGGUGUAUUUGGACCUUUUAUGUAUAUUACAACAACGUAAAUUUAUUUCUUAACUACAAAGUAAGAAGGCCAAAGAAAAUUCCAAAGAAAAAGAACAGUUCAAAUUCACUUCCUUUUUUUUUAUGAAAUUCCAUCAUCCUACUAUUAACAACUAAAUAAAUUUCCUCCCUAAAAGUCCAAAUUUGGUAUGUAAUAUCUUACCGAUGUAAGCAAGUAUCACUAUAUCAGCUCUUACCAACCUAUAAAAAAAACCAAUUACCAUAAGUGAUAAAAGUAUAUAUUUAGUUUAUUAUUAUUGUCAAAGGUCAACCAACAGAUAAAUGAUAUUCGGCAAGUGAUUAGUUGGACUAUUUUUUUCUUCUAAGAAACUCAAUAAGAGUUUGAACCGCAAUUAUUACCCUGCUUCAAAUAAGCUAGCUCAAAAAGAAUUUCUGCUUUCUUCAUUUCCUACCUUCCAAAUGUGAGAAAAGAUUUUGAGCAAGUAAUUAAACAGCUUCUCUUUCUGGAUUAGCCAGCAUCUACUUUUCUGGUACAAAUUCUUGUCUUAGCUCUAUUUACCUUGUAUAAAUAGUGCUUUCUCUUGUCUUCUUGCAAUCAACUUGCUUUUGAAGCUCUUCACUAGCAAUCAACUUCAAAAACCUGCUCUCACCAGCGAGCAAUCUCUCUUUCAAGAACUACCCCUCCCCCACCCAACCUUUCUUCUCAAACAAUAGAAAAGUGAGGGAGAAAAUAACAAGAUCUUCAAUUUCAUACCCCAAGAAAAAUGUCAGACUAUAUCCCUGAAGAAUUAAUGGUUCCAAUCUUCUCAAGGCUCACACCCAAAUCUCUACUCCGAUUUAGGUGCAUAUCGCGAUCAUGGAACUCACUAAUCUCAAGUUCUGAAUUCAUAUCGCUGCACACCUACUGUAACAUUCUCCAAAAACCACCAGCAGGUAAAAUCAUCAGGUACUUCUCACUAACUCAAAGGAAGGAAAUAUACUCUAUUCGACUCAUUGAUGUAUUAGCCGGUAUUGAAACUGAAUUCAAAAUAGGAGCCCCUUUUAAUGGCAUAGUGCGAUAUUACUACAGGAUCGUGGGCCUAUGCAAUGGCGUCCUCUGUUUGUCAGAUGAUUUAUUUGUAUCUAAAAAUCUUUUGGUACUUUGGAACCCAAUGAUAGGCAGAUCCAUCACCCUCCCAAUGUCUUCUCUUGAAAACUUAGGCAACUAUAUGCUUGUUUGUGGGUUUGGCUAUGCAAUUAAAACGAGAGAUUACAAGGUCGUGAGGAUGGCCUAUGCUCGUGGUGAUGGUGGUUACUUGGUGCCACCUAAAGUUGAGGUAUAUGCAGUUAGUUCAGGAAUUUGGAAGGAAUUUGAUGGUUUUAUUCCAGACAAUGGUGUUAUAGAGUACUUUUGGACACAAGCUGUUGUUUGUGGGAAAGUCCACUGGACUGCAUACAAGAUAACUGGGGAGGAAAGAAGGGUGGAGAACUUGAUAAUGGUGUUUGAUCUAAAUGAUGAGAUUUUUCAGGAAUUAUCAUUACCAGAAAUUUUGGUUAAUGAACCACCUACGAAUCUGACUGCUGCGGAAUGUAGGGAAUCACUUGCUGUGUAUCAGUACAAUACACGUAUUUGGAGCAGCAGUUGUUCCAUUUGGGUAAUGAAACAGUAUGGAGACACUGAGUCAUGGAGCAUGGAAUAUAAUGUUGCACUCAACCACCAGCAACUCGACCACCAGCGGUUUGGCAUGAUACUGGGUUUUCAUAAUGAUACUGAAAUACUGUUGACAGAGAUAUCAGGGAUGCUAACUUCAUAUAAUCCUGAGACACAAGAAAAGCUGCACCUCAAUAUUCUUGGCACUAGGUACUCUUUUUAUUUUGGCACUUACAAAGAGAGCCUUGCUUUGCUAGAUAAAGGGGAGUUACUGCCUCCACUUUAUUUAUCAUCUGAUGGGACGGAUGACAAUGAAGAUGAAGAAAAUAAUGCUGAUAAAAUGGAGCCUAAAAGGAAUGAGUUGAUGGUGCAUUUUCUUAAGCAUCAGGAAGUCAUUGCUCUUCUUAGAGCCAGAAAUAUAUGAGUUUGCCCGCACAUUAAAUAGUAAAGAAAUGUUAUAAAUUUCAGGCCAACUUUGGCAUAAAUAUCUGCUUUAUGUCAGUCCAUCCCAAUUUCAUUUAUCAUAAGCUAUGUAUUGUUUGGUCAUCUCAGGUGUUAUGCUUGUUUUUACAACUUUAAUCAAUUUGACUGCUCCUCCAUUCGUUGUUGUAUGUUUGGUCAUUGACCAAAUCGACAUGAAUGUUCAGAAUCAAAAAUCUUAGUCAAUGCAUUUUACUUGAGGUGGGGAAAGCCGUAAACCCAUGACCUUUUAGCUUUGAGAUAUUUCGAUGACACAAAACUAUUUUGAAAGGUUAACAGUUGACAGAUGAACAAGAAGAAAUGAAUCGCACCACUAACAAAAAUGGCUCACUAAAGUAAUCAAAAUUCUUUGUUAAUCAUUACUGGAAAUCUUUGUUGAUUAGUCAUAAACUUCUCGAUUAAAGAUGAGAUAAACCCACUACCAAAUUCCUGCGCUUUCAACUUUAAUCUUCUUAAGCUUCAUUCUUAACUAGUAUUAAUACCCGCGCGGAUGACACUAAUCCAGUGUUAUCAAAGGCGAAAAGCGCAAAAAAGCUCAAAGGUCCUUUAGGGCUUUAAGCGCAAAGCACAAAUAA